AUGGGCACUCCGACUGUGCCAAUGAAUCCUCAGCUCGAGCAGAUCCUCUCCCGCCCUGAAAACGCGGUCUGUGCAGACUGUACCAACUGUGCCGGUAUCCAUCGUGGCAUUGGUACUCAUAUUACGUUUGUCCAGUCGGCAACAAUAGACGAGUGGAAGCCCGAGUGGGUUGCCUUAGCUGAUGCUGUUGGCAAUAAGGUUGGUAAUGAAUACUACGAGUAA